AUGAACGGACACGAAGUUGACUUCGCCACAUCUGUGGAGCACAAUGGAGAGUUCUACGUAAUCGGUGGUCUUGUUAUGGACGUCAUUUCGAAAGUUGGCAGUUGUGGGCUUCAGCCGAUGUUGGAGCUGACGGACUCGUUGGUAAUGGGAAAGGCGGCAUCUUGGAAUGGAAAGAUUUGGAUGUGUGGGGAUAAGGACAAGCCUGAAGCCUGCUUUUCAACUGAUUUGGCAUCGAUCAAGGCUGAGCCAAGUAGUGUUCAGGGACAUUUGACAGGCGGCUUGGUUGUCACUCAGGACACGAAUGUUUUACUCCGAAUUGCUGGAUAUACCAGAAUAACAGAAGUUUUCGAUGAAAAGAAUCAAGUCUGGCAUUCGAAUCUCAUCGGAAACAUGACGGAUAGAAUCCGAGGAUUCAGCACGAUUACGACGGGGCAGGAAGUUUACUUGCUCGGUGGAUUCUCAGACAUCCAAGAUGAUUACACGCCAAACAUCUGGAAGUGGGUUUCUGGCCAUCCAAAGCUAGAAGAACAACUCUACCGCAUCGACCCCAAAGAGGAGACACUAUAUCUCCCUGGAGGAUACGCAGGUCUCUUUUUGGUCAUGAAUCAGAGUAAUCGUGAAAACGAGUUCAAACCUCAAAGUACCGAUUCGUUCAUUUUCGAAGAACUCAUGAAAAUCGACCUCGAGAAUGGCGCCUGUGCAAGCCAUUUCCGAGUUGUUGCGAGUUUUACUUUCAACUUCGAAAUUCUAAAAAGCUCGCUUUGGGAAAAAUAUGAGAUAAACUGGGCGUAUAAAAUCGGCGGCUACACCGUCUUCACAGCGCCAAAUGAUACAGUUCAACGAACAAUGGUUGGAAAUAGUCCUUAUUCAAAAGAAGAAAUUUAUGAAAUGCUCUAUUCGACAGAUCAGAUGCUGAUUUACUUGCUAGAAGAUAUGCUAAAGGAGCGUGAUUUAUUCUGGGAAGAGCCAGUCUUCUUUCAGAACAAAAAAUAUAUCGAAGAACUGGACAUUUACGAUGACCUGGUCAAAAAGUACGUCACCGGAUAUUCAGUCGAUGGUGUUCCUUUAACCACAACUUAUAAUUCGUGGUACGAUAUAUCAUGCAACAAAAGCUGCGAUGAUAAUUGUGAUCAAGCUAUUCCCGCCAUGCAGUUCUUUUUCGGCCAGCUGAUCGACAAACAGCCUACGAAACUUCUUGGAAACGGUGGCCAAGGAUCUGUUUUCGAAUGCACAUGGCACGGAACAAAAGCUGCGGCGAAAUUUAUUCCCAAUCCGAAAAUCCAAUUAUUCGAAGUUUUCGAAGACGCGCCGCAUAAUCUCAUGGAUCCGCUGCGCGAGAAAAAGAUGAGACAGCUUUACACAAGCAAGGCCUCUGAGUUUUACAUCGCCAGGGAAAUCAAGCAUCCUCAUGUCUUGCAUGUGUUCGACUUUUUCUUGCAGCAUAAUAAUGGCGAAGACGAGUUUGUCAUCGUCUCUGAGCUCUGUGACUCGAAAUUGAGCCAAAUCAAUUUCAACAUUUCAGCCAUUUUCAAGUUUUUCCUACAGGCUCGGUCGCGGGAGAAUUCCGAAAAUUCAUGGGGAUGUGCUGGGGAAAUGUCUAUGCGUCGAUUUCGGGGGAUCAUCAUCGCCCAGUGGUUUCUUCUUAUAGCCGUAAUUAUUCUAUUCAUAACUGCUGUCACUCUUGUUCCACCCCUUGGAGACGGCUUCAUUAUAUCGAACAUUGGACUUGCCAUCAUCGGAAUGACCGCAUCCGGUCUUGGCAGGAGUGUUUAUACUUCCAAAAAUAUGAAUAGCCAGGACUGGUUGUUGAAGAAAGCGCUGUUGAAUGUAACCAAUUUAUUCUUCGUACUCGCAAUAAUUUGGAACAUGCUCGUUGGUGCUGGAGCAAUUGUAUUAACAGCCUUAAAUUUCGGUGAAAAUCUGACUCUGGAACGGAUUAUGCCUUGUAUCAUCUUGUUCAUUCUUUAUAUCGUCCUUUUCUUCAUGUCUCUCGUUACUCUCAUUAUGCAGAUGGAUAAGUUUUUCGAGCAAGACCACCCUUUUCAAUCCGUUGUAGAAAAUGCAAAGAAGGAAAAAGGGGAGUUCCUUGCUAAGGAUCCAAAGCAUGAAGGAAAAAUUUGCGAAUACGUAGAUGAAUGGCUUGACAGGCUUGAAAACAACUACGAUUGCGCUGAGUACGAGGACAGAUUCGAUGAAAUUCAAGAUUACCUUGACUAUACCGCCGAUUAUUACGGAUGCGGUCUUGAACUUUGUGGCCUCACUGCUGGAGCGGAACAAGUCGCAACAACUACUGCGCCGCUCUUCUUGACUCUUCUGCUUUGGCUUUUCAAGUGA